AUGGACGAGGAAAUGCGUGAUGUUGCUCCUACACCCUCAUCGGCAAGCCGGAAGCGUACCGCCAACGAUGUUGACGACGACGACGAUGAGGUUAUGCAAUUCGAAACAAACACAACAGACACACCCUCAAAGAGACUACGCAACCCGCAAGGCGACGCAAUCUCGCGGAAACAACUCCACUUCAACGCGCACAAGCUCUUAAGUGAUCUGGCAUUCAGUCGUCUCUACGUGACGGCCAACUAUGACCGCUACUCGGUGACCCAGUCUCCAAUCCUUCUGACUGUGCUGUCUCGCCACGAUGCCCUGUAUCGUGCUGUAUGGUAA